AACCCAUAAACAAGCCUUCAUCUUCUGUACCACUAAGAAAGUCUCUUAUCUUCCAACUCCUUAUAGUUCUAUUACUUUAACCCUACCCUCUCUUUCUCUACCAUACAUCUCUCAUCUUUCUUCAUAAAGACGAGUAGAAGAACAAGAGAGAAGAAAUUAAAUCUGGGUUUGUGUGUGUAGAAGUGAAAGAUGGGGAGAGGAAAGAUUGAGAUCAAGAGGAUUGAAAACUCGAGCAACAGACAAGUUACCUACUCAAAGAGAAGGAGUGGAAUAAUAAAGAAGGCUAAAGAGAUCACUGUGUUAUGUGAUGCUAAAGUCUCUCUUGUCAUCUUUGCUAGCUCUGGCAAGAUGCAUGAGUAUUGUAGCCCUUCCACUAAGUUGGUUGAUAUCUUGGAGAGUUAUCACAAGCAGUCUGGGAAUAGGUUGUGGGAUGCUAAGCAUGAGAACCUCAACAAUGAAAUUGAUAGGAUCAAGAAAGAGAAUGAUAGCAUGCAGAUUGAGCUCAGGCAUUUAAAGGGUGAAGAUAUCACAUCUUUAAACCACAAAGAACUCAUCGUCAUUGAGGAUGUUCUUGAGAAAGGACAGACUAGCAUUCGCAACAAGCAGGAUGAGCUUGUCAGGAUGCUAAGGGAAAAUGACAAGAUGUUGGAGGAGGAGAAUAAGAGCCUCAAUUUCAUUCUGCAACAGCGUGCAGAGAUGGCCAUGCAAAAUGGGUACCAGCAGCACAGGAUGAGGCAGGACUACAACCCUCAUUAAUUAAUUAGAUAUAUGCCUAAUAAUUUACAAGACAGGAUUUAAUUAUCAUUAUAAUUUAAUUAUAUUUGAACUCCCUAUAUAUCUUCAAUGCCUGGCUUUGUUGUGCGUUCGUGUAUCCUGGUCUGUAAUAUUGAACCCAAAUUAGCUAGCUAGCUACGACUACUUGAACUUAAUUUGUAUACAAAAUGUUUUAAAUUCAUCUUUUUAUGAA